CAAAAAAAAAACACAAGAACAACCCUACAACUUCCUCCUCCCUCGCUCACUCGCUCUGCACUUCAAACUUCCAGCCUUUCCCAUCUACCCCCGUUCUUGUUCCCGCGAUCUUCUCUGUACCUCCCCCUCUUUGUGCAACGUUCGAUCCGCCGGAGGUGCCGACCGGAGUUUGGCGAUGGACGGCGCGUCGAUGGACGGCGCGUCGUCGGCGGCGGCGGCGGCGAUGGGGGUCGAGAGGAGGCCGAAGACGAAGAUCGUGUGCACCCUCGGGCCGGCGUCCAGGUCCGUGCCCAUGAUCGAGAAGCUGCUGAGGGCGGGCAUGAACGUCGCUCGCUUCAACUUCUCCCACGGGUCCCACACCUACCACCAGGAGACGCUCGACAACCUCCGCCAGGGCAUGGAGAACACCGGCAUCCUCUGCGCCGUCAUGCUCGACACCAAGGGUCCCGAAAUUCGAACUGGUUUUUUGAAGGAUGGUAAACCCAUCCAGCUAAAACAGGGCCAGGAGAUUACCAUAUCUACAGACUACAGCAUAAAGGGCGAUGAGACCAUGAUAUGCAUGAGCUACAAGAAGUUGGCUGAGGAUGUGAAGCCAGGAAGUGUGAUACUCUGUGCUGAUGGAACAAUCACCUUCGCAGUAUUAUCUUGUGACAAAGAAGCUGGAUUGGUUCACUGCCGCUGUGAGAAUACUGCAGUUCUUGGUGAGAGGAAGAAUGUCAAUCUUCCUGGUGUCAUAGUGGACCUUCCAACCUUGACAGAUAAAGACAAGGAAGAUAUAUUAGAGUGGGGAGUACCCAACAAAAUCGAUAUGAUUGCUCUUUCAUUUGUUCGAAAAGGUUCAGAUCUUCUGGAGGUUCGCAAGCUGCUUGGGGAGCAUGCCAAGAACAUCCUUCUUAUGUCAAAGGUUGAAAAUCAAGAAGGGGUGGCAAAUUUUGACGAAAUACUUGCCAACACGGAUGCAUUUAUGGUGGCACGAGGUGACCUCGGAAUGGAAAUUCCUAUUGAAAAGAUCUUUCUUGCACAGAAGGCGAUGAUCUACAAGUGCAACAUCCAAGGAAAACCGGUGGUUACUGCAACACAAAUGUUGGAGUCAAUGAUCAAGUCCCCUCGUCCAACAAGGGCCGAAGCUACCGAUGUAGCUAAUGCUGUUCUCGACGGUACUGACUGCGUGAUGCUAAGUGGUGAAACUGCUGCUGGAGCUUAUCCAGAGCUCACAGUUCGAACCAUGGCCAGAAUAUGCGUGGAAGCAGAAAGCACACUUGAUUAUGGAGAUGUCUUUAAGAGGAUAAUGAAACACUCACCUGUGCCCAUGAGCCCAUUAGAGAGUCUUGCUUCUUCUGCUGUUAGAACUGCAAACUCUGCAAAGGCAGCUCUGAUACUGGUCCUGACAAGAGGCGGAAGUACUGCCAAGAUGGUGGCCAAGUACAGGCCAGGCAUGCCAAUCCUGUCCGUGGUUGUCCCGGAGAUUAAGACGGACAACUUUGAGUGGGCAUGCAGUGAUGAAGGUCCAGCCAGGCAUAGUCUUAUUUUCCGUGGAUUAGUUCCGCUUUUAUGUGCAGCAUCUGCUCGGGCUUCCAAUGAAGAGACGACAGAAGAAGCUCUAGAGUUUGCACUCGAGUAUGGCAAAUCCAAUGGACUCUGCAAAAAUGGAGACUCUGUUGUGGCUCUGCAUCGUAUCGGAACUGCCUCAGUAAUUAAAAUCUUGACUGUGAAGUAAUUGCCUCGUCAUCUAUCUUUCUAGUUACCUUCUUUUUGUAGGAGAUUGGUUUUGCAAUCUCGGAGCAAUUUUUGAAUGAAAGAAUGUAUUAAUGAUGGCAGAUGAUACUGCUAAUGUUAUAUCUCCAGCUGCGGAGAAUAUUCGAGCUCUCUUUAAUUUUUCAAUAUGGAGGCAUUUUCAGCA